CAGUAUCAAAUGCUUUGCUGAAAUCAAGGUAGACUACAUCCACUGCUCUCCCCCCAUCCACCCAGCCAGUGACAACAUCGUAGAAGGCCAUCAGGGACAGAGGCGAGGCUGACUGGCCUGUAAUUACCUGAAUCUUCCUUCCUGUCCUUUUUGAAGACCAGAGUGACAUUGGCUAUCCUCCAGUCUUCAGGCACCUCCCCCAUUCUCCAGGACCUCUCAAAGAUGACAGAGAGUGGUUCAGCAAUCACCUCUGCCAGCUCCCUCAGCAUCCCAUCGGGUAAGGCAGUCUUCAAGCAUGAAGCGACCGCCUCCCUUAGAAAAGCUUGGAGGUUGUCCCUCCACCUCAUUCUCAGCCACCUUACCCUCCAGUUUCAGGGCUUCAAACCUAUUACAUAGAGGCACCUGAGGAACUGAGGUAGGUUGGGAUGUGUGCUGCCUGCGUUGCUGAGGUGGGACCUGCUGCCAUUCCUCCUCUCUUUUCAAGUUGGCUCUCUUGGUUUGACCACGGCAAGGGAGAGGGAGAGCAGGAUGGAGGAUUUGUAGGCACCAACCUGGGAGCAAAUGGCAGCAUGCCAUAGCUCUGGAGGGGCUCAGGAGGAGAGAAACUUUUAAUCCCCAGCAGCCAACUGCAGAUCUGCUCUGUAACCAUGGUCGACUGGGAGAUGAAACACUGUUAAGGAAUCAAUGGAUUUACCUCGUGUAUCUGAGCUGACUCCUUUCAAGACAAAGCCUGAAUGUGAAUGAGUAGCGUGGAAGACAUUGCUCUGACAUGUGAAAAGUGAGCUUGAACCAGUGGGAAUAAGAGUCUUUUGGGGGCCCAGAGGCCAGCAAGAACAAGGAACUAACAGGGAUAACACAUCCAGAUAACAUCAGGCUGUCCAGUGUACUGCCUUGACAAGCAAGGGAAUGGAACUGAGAGGAUGCUGUUCCAAGCGUGUAGUGUGUCCUCAGCAAUACCCUUAAGAUAGGUGCAUACUGGGAGGGCUUAUCUACGCUCCCCAGCUGUAGGGGCUUGUUUUUCAGGAAAUACUGCAUGCCCUUUGAUACCAGAUCUCAGAGGUGUCUGCUGAGCCCCCAGGAAGCCAAAUAAUUCAUUUAAAACUCCAGCUUUUUUAUUUUAAGACAGCGUGUGUUGCUUCUGAGGGGAGUGUAGGAUGGUUUGAUUGGAAAAAUUAUAUAAAUCUUGCCUGGUGAGAGCCAAAGAUGCUUUGAAGCAGGCCUGGAGUAUGGAAAGAACUGGGCUUUUGACUGUGUGCCCCAUGCAGUUCUGCAUAAUUUUAGCUGUGGCUCCUGGCACCCUUCUUCAGAGCAGAGGAAAUAAGGCAGGCAUGGCCUUGGCUUCACUGCUUUUGCAGCAGCACGAGGGGUGGGGAGUGAGGUGCAGGGCUCACAGUGAUGCAGCAGGGCUGUAUGAGCUUGAUGUGGAGGCAGCUCUUCCCACUCCUCUCUGCUCUGGCUUGUUCAGCAGCGCUGAUGACUUGGGGAAGAUGCCUUGUCUCCAGCAUCACAUUGGAAGAGCUUGAUGAGGAUAUGGAAGAAGAACAGUGUCCAAAGGGGUGGAGGAGUCAUGGCACAGGGGCAUAGUAAAGCAGAGAGGCUCACUGCCUUGGCUUGGCUGCACUACAGGUCUGACUGCCUCAUUAAAACUAUUCGUUCGGAAGGCUACUUUGGCAUGUACAGAGGUGCUGCAGUGAACCUGACUCUAGUGACACCAGAAAAGGCUAUCAAACUGGCAGCCAAUGACUUCUUCCGGCAUCACCUCUCCAAAGAUGGGAAGAAGCUGACGCUGCUGAGGGAGAUGCUGGCAGGCUGCGGUGCGGGUACCUGCCAGGUGAUCGUCACCACUCCCAUGGAGAUGCUCAAAAUCCAACUGCAGGAUGCAGGGCGGAUUGCGGCACAGAAGAAGCUGAUGGCAGCACAGGCCCAGCUCUCCUCUUCCUCUGCGGCCGGGGCAGCAGAGCCGGUGGUGGAAACGCGCACCACAGCGACGCAGAUAACCAGGGAACUGCUGCGCAGCAAAGGCAUCGCAGGACUCUACAAGGGCCUGGGGGCCACGCUGCUAAGGGAUGUCCCGUUCUCCAUCGUUUACUUCCCGCUGUUUGCAAACCUGAACAAGCUGGGCCAGAAAGACCCCAAUGUCAAGGCCCCGUUCUAUGUGUCCUUUCUCUCUGGAUGUGUGGCCGGUAGUACAGCUGCAGUGGCUGUCAAUCCUUGUGAUGUGAUCAAAACACGGCUGCAGUCCUUGCAGAGAGGAGUCAACGAAGACACAUACUCAGGAAUCCUGGACUGCACCAAGAAGAUCUGGCAGAAGGAAGGACCCAUGGCCUUCCUGAAAGGGGCGUACUGCCGAGCCCUGGUCAUCGCUCCUCUCUUCGGCAUCGCACAAGUCGUCUACUUCAUUGGCAUUGCCGAGUUCCUCCUGGACAUACUCCCCAAGCACCGGGCCUAGCCCUGGCACGCCUGCCUGUGCCCGCCCGUCCUCUGCCACGCCGGAUUCAUCCCUGUGUUCGUCGUCCAUGUCGAGUGGUGUGAGAGCAACAGCACAGAGGGUUCGCUUGGGAACGUGGGGGACAUGGUCUCCAGAUGAGCAAACAUAGGGAGGGAGAGUCUCUUUUCUAUCUUCAUCUGCAGCCUGUUCCCUCCCCCUCCUUCCACGGACAGUACCCAAUUAUGCAUAUCUCUUUUUUUUUUUUUUUCCCCUUUUUUUUUUCUUCUUUUUUAAAUCGUAAUUCUUAAGGACACUGGUAAGCACAGACUGGGCUUGCGCACCCAGAAUUCUCUUCCCAGCAUUUAGAAGGAAGAGGGAAGAGGAAAAAGAUAACCUGAGCCCUCAUUCACCUCUGCCCUUCCUAGGGCUCCUGGCUGCCUGCAGAGGGGCUGCAGGGGCAGCUGUGUCCCUCAGCCAACUCUCUGGGUGCUGGGUCCCAGGAGGAGAGCAGGUGUCCUGCAAAAGGAUGCAAAGGGGACGCUGGGUCUGGCAAGUUCCUUGGCUUGGAAACCUUUGCCUCUUUCCCUUGCUCAAAAAUCAGUUGGACUAGGAUGAAUUUCUUAGAGAUCAAAGGAAGGGAAAGGAGAUCAUUACUUUUUUUUUUUUUUUUUUUUUUGUAAUUUUUGUUUUAAAGCAAAGGGAUUUCCCUCUUGGUGAGGUGCAGAGGCAAGGUGGCUGCUCUGUAGGGAACAUGUCUGUGGGAUCAUGUGAAUGUCAGAGGUCCUUCCCUGCUUGGCUGUAGGCAGGGGAAGGAGAGAAACUUGGGAUCAACUUUAUUUUAUUUUAUUUUUUAAUGCGGGGAUUGUGGGGAGGGAAAAGAACCAAACAAAAAGAAACCACUUACAUUCCUUCAGCCUGCCCACCCCGAGGUGAUGCCUGUAGCAGGUGUAUGGUUAGCUGUGUACACAGUUGGUUCUGUGUUUCCUGGCUUGGCCCCAGGACAUGAAAGGAGGAGCCUGGUCUGUUUCCAUAGGGUCCAAGGUACAGCAGCUGUGCUAUGAAGCCUGUGUGUUUGCUCUUGCAAGGUGAAAGGACAAGGUCUGCUUUUGUGUUGUUGUUUGACUGGGUGUGCCUGCAGCCAGCUGCUGUCAAGGAGGUUCCAUGCCCUGAGCAAGGAGCUGUUGUGCAGGUGGGACUGCAGGAUUGCAAUCCCAGAAACUGAUCAUCCCUCUCGCCCUUGGGGAAGUGUUCGUUGUUGGGUGGUGGGGGCAUUUCCCUGCUCCACAACCCACUCUGCCAAAGGGAUUCUGCCCAACUGCAAUCACUUGUCAGAGGGCUUCUCAUUAAGUACUCUCUUGGGCUGUGCUGUUAAUCCUUGGUAAAUCAUGUUAAGUACAAGAUCAACAACCUCACCGUGAUCUUCUCCAUUAUUUAUUCCAUGUGGUGCAAUCCACCCAACCUCAGUGUUUAAAUUAAACGAGUCAAAUUCA